AUGUUGACGGGAGAAACACCGUUCUAUGAUGAUUCUGUUCUGCAGGUAUAUCACAAAAUAGAAAACUAUCAGAAAUGCUUAUGCUUUGACGGGUACGAAGGAAUAACGGUAUCAGCUGAUGCACAAGACCUUGUGAGAGGCAUGAUCCAAGAGCAGAGUAGUCGCUUGGGUGCGGGGGGUGUGGCGGAAAUCAUGAAUCACCGCUGGUUUAACGGCACGGAUUGGGACCAG